AUGAAGGCAGGGAGGACCGCCCCCUCCCCAGGCCCCUGGCUCCCAGUGCUAGUCCUGGCGAGGCUCCUGACUGGCGCUCUUGGCCAGGAGGUAGACUUUCACCCCGAGUGGGGCUUUGACUCCUACGAAAUCACCACCCCCAAGAAGCUGGGCCUCCGCACAGAAGGGCCCCGAGUGGCCAGGCAGGAGUCCUACCUGCUGAAGGUGAAAGGCAAGAACCGCGUCCUCCAGCUGUGGCCCAAGAGGUUUCUGUUACCCAGACAUCUUCGGGUGUUCUCCUUCACGGAGCAGGGGGAGCUCAUGGAGGACCACCCUUACCUGCCGCAGGGCUGCAACUACGCGGGCGCGGUGGAGGACGCUCCGGAGUCGGAAGCGAUUUUCAGUACGUGCAUGGGGGGGCUCCGAGGCAUAGUGAAAAUCGAAGAGGACCUCUACCAAGUGGAGCCCCUCAAGGACUCGUCUACGUUUGAACAUGUCGUGUAUCUCCUGAAUAAGGAGUACUUGAGCAAUUGGACCUGUGGCUUAACUGAUGACGACAUCGAGCGGCAGAUGCCCCAGCAGGAGCACAUGGCUCGAAUAAAGGACUUUGCUGAAUCCUACAAGCACCCGAAGUAUAUGGAAUUGGUCAUGUUGUUUGAUCAUGGUAGAUAUUUGUUUGUGAAUUCCAAUCUAACCCAAGCUUUAAGUGAUGCCCUUCUUCUUACUGGAAUUAUGGAUACCUACUUUCGGGAAAUCAGUAUGAGGAUACACCUUAAAGCUCUGGAAAUAUGGACAGAUAAAGAUAAAAUAAAUAUUGAAGUAAGCAAGUUAACUGAAGUUCUAAGCCAAUUUUUAUUAUAUAGAAGAAAUAUCCUAAAUGCUCGGAUUUUGUCAGAUUGGUCACAUUUAUAUGUCAAGAGAGAGUUCCCUGAUGCUCUUGGCUGGGCUUUUAUUGGAUUAAUGUGUACUACAUUGUAUGGUGGAUCUACAAGUAUUUUUCCAAAUCUAGAUAUCCUUGGGCCUGGUACUUGGUCUACUCAUGAGCUUGGCCAUGGUUUGGGAAUGAAACAUGAUGAAGAAUACUGCCAAUGUAAGGGUAAGCAUAGUUGCAUCAUGGGCACUGGACAUACUGGGUGGAGUAAUUGUAGUUUUAUCUAUUAUUUUAAGUUUGUGAAUUCAGGAGGAUCUUGUCUAAAUAAUAUACCAGAAAUAACUUAUAUGUUGGGUAGAUGUGGAAACACAAUUGUGGAAGAGAAUGAAGAAUGUGAUUGUGGUUCAAGAGCAGAGUGUCAAAAAGACAAGUGUUGUCAACCGGACUGCACACUCAAACGUGGUGCCAAGUGUAGCGUUGGGCUUUGCUGUCAGAACUGUCAAUUUCGUCCACUUGGAGAUAUUUGUAGGGAGCGAGUAAAUGAAUGUGACCUUGAAGAAUACUGCAAUGGAAUUUCAAGUCUUUGCCCAGAUGACCUGUAUAAACAGGAUGGAACACCUUGCAGAUACAAAUCCCAUUGUUUCAAAAAGAUGUGCAAUUCUAGGUUUUUGCAGUGCCAACGUAUUUUUGGCCCUAGCGCCAGGAAUGCUCCUAAUCUGUGCUAUUAUACUGUCAAUUUGGUGGGUGACAAAUAUGGUAACUGUGGUAUUAUAGGACCCAAUGCCUAUAAAAAAUGUAGCUCAGAAAAUUUCCUGUGUGGCAGGUUGCAAUGUAUAAGUAUCAAAACUAUCCCUGAGAUGCCAGACCAUUCUUUAGUAAUUAGCACUCAUCUUACGAAAGAAAAUCUCACGUGUUGGGGCACAGGCUAUCAUUUUUCUAUGAAACCCAUGGGGAUACCUGACCUGGGUGUGAUAAAUGAUGGCACCCCCUGUGGCUGGAACCGGGUCUGUAUUAACCGAACUUGUGUUAAUAUCUCAGUUCUGCAGUAUGACUGUUUUCCUGAGAAGUGCAACCAACGAGGCACUUGUAAUAAUAGAAAAAACUGCCACUGCAUGUAUGGCUGGGCCCCUCCAUUCUGUGACAUAAGGGGAUAUGGAGGAAGCAUUGACAGUGGGCAUGGAAAACCAUUACGUUUGGAGGUAUCCACUACAGCUUGGAUAGUGUCAAUUAUGUUAUUACGCUUUAUUUUCUUGAUCAUCUCUGUGAUUAUUGUGCUUUUAAGUAAAGUUAUAUGAAAUUUCUUGAAAUUCAAACAGGAAAAAAAUAACCUUAAGUAA